UCCCUCACUUUCUCUCUCUCUCUCUCUGGUAUCUUCUUCUUCUUCUGGGCUCUUAUCUGUUUGGAUAGCUACAGAAAACAAAGAACCCAGUAGCCACCAAGCAUUAAGCUUCCUCCAGAAUCCUCAACAUGGAAGGCGGAAUUCCAGAAGCCGAUGCCUCUGCUUUCAGAGAAUGUUUGUCUCUGUCGUACAAGAAUCCUUAUGUUCUUCAACUCGCUUUCUCUGCUGGAAUCGGUGGCCUCCUCUUUGGCUAUGACACUGGUGUAAUAUCAGGGGCUCUUCUGUACAUAAGAGAUGAUUUUAAAGCCGUGGAUAGACAGACAUGGCUGCAGGAAGCGAUAGUGAGCAUGGCACUUGCAGGAGCCAUAGUGGGAGCAGCAGUAGGAGGAUGGAUCAACGACAGAUUUGGAAGGAAGAAGGCCAUUCUGCUCGCAGAUUUCCUCUUCUUCGCCGGCUCUGUCAUCAUGUCUGCCGCUACCGGCCCCCCCAUUCUGCUUGUAGGCCGAGUCUUCGUCGGCCUCGGCGUCGGAAUGGCUUCCAUGGCUUCACCUCUCUACAUCUCUGAAGCUUCUCCUACCAGAGUUCGAGGCGCCCUUGUCAGUCUCAAUGGCUUCCUCAUCACUGGCGGCCAGUUCCUUUCCUAUGUCAUCAACUUGGCCUUCACUAAGGCACCGGGAACAUGGAGAUGGAUGUUAGGAGUGGCAGCAGCACCUGCUUUGAUUCAGAUCGCGCUCAUGCUAAUGCUCCCUGAAUCACCUCGUUGGCUAUUUCGAAAGGGAAAGGAAGAAGAAGCAAAAGCAAUCUUGAAGAAGAUAUACCCACCUGGUGAAGUUGAAGAUGAGAUCAAUGCUUUGAAGGAAUCAGUUGAAAUGGAAGUCAAGGAAUCUGCAUCUUCAGAAGAAGUAAGCAUAUUGAAGCUGUUGAAGACCACGACUGUGAGAAGAGGAUUAUAUGCAGGAAUGGGACUGCAAAUUUUCCAGCAAUUUGUGGGUAUCAACACAGUGAUGUACUACAGUCCCACCAUAGUUCAACUUGCUGGUUUUGCUUCAAACCAAACAGCACUUCUUCUGUCACUGGUCACAGCCGGACUUAAUGCAUUUGGGUCAAUUCUUAGCAUAUACUUCGUUGAUAAGACUGGAAGGAAGAAACUUCUAUUGGUGAGUUUGUCUGGGGUUGUGAUGGCUCUUGUGGUUCUCACUGUUGCGUUUCAUGAGACCACCACCCACUCACCAAUGGUCAGUAGCGUUGAUACCUCUCACUUCAGUAAUUACACAUGCCCAGAUUAUUCUUCAGCUUUCAACCCUUCCUCUUGGAAUUGCAUGAAGUGCAUCAGAUCUUCUCCUGAGUGUGGCUUCUGUGCUUCACCAUCCAAUAAGCUUUUACCAGGGGCGUGUUUGAUCUCAAAUUCCACCACGAAGGAUUUGUGUGGGAAAGAAGAUAGACCAUGGUACACAAGGGGAUGUCCCAGCAAAUAUGGGUUUCUUGCCCUAACUGGGCUUGGACUGUACAUCAUCUUCUUCUCUCCUGGGAUGGGCACUGUGCCUUGGGUGGUCAACUCUGAGAUUUAUCCUCUGAGGUACAGAGGGAUCUGUGGAGGGAUGGCUUCCACUUCCAACUGGGUCUCCAACCUCAUUGUUGCACAGUCCUUCUUGUCUUUAACAGACGCCAUAGGCACCUCUUGGACCUUCAUGAUCUUCAUUUUCAUCACCAUCGCCGCCAUCAUCUUCGUCAUCAUUUUUGUCCCGGAGACCAAAGGCCUUCCAAUGGAGGAGGUGGAGGCCAUGCUUGAAAGAAGGUCUCUUAACUUUAAGUUUUGGCAGAGAAGUUCUGAGACUCAAGCUGUAAAACAAUGAAGCCUCAAUCAUAUAUGGCCUUCAUGACUUCAGUGUGUCUCUGUCUCCCCUGAUUUGUGUCUCAGUUUUAAGAUAUAAUGUGUAAUCUAUGAAACCAUGUGAAUUGGAGAGUGGUUUCAUUUGGGAAGAAUUAUUGGCGUAGAAAGUGAAUUAGGCAUUGUAGUUCAAGUGCAUUGAUUUUCUCUUUAAACUGCAAGCAUUUGUAUUUUUAGAAAUAAGAUUCUGUUACUGAGUUGAUCUGUUGGAUUGUUGAAAAUCUUGCAUCUAGAAGAAAAUUGCUUGAAAGGGAAUCAGCUGUACAAAUUAUUCAAAAAUAAUGCGAUAUGUCCCAAAUUUCUUUUAA